AUGUUUAAAAAGUACCUCUUCUACAAGAAUAAGGAUUACAAGAAAGAAGAACUAGGGAAUUAUGAUAUAGAUAUCGUAUAUCGACGGUUUAUAUUGCUUCGGAACGUGUUCUACACCGAGGUGAUGAAAACACAUCGUGAAUACAUCGAAACAAAUGUAGAGAGAGUAUAUAACACGUUCAGUCGAAAGUAUCUUGUUAAUUGCCACAGUUGGGGCAGCACCAGGUCGGAGGCGGUGGCGAUGAGACCCGAUGGUUUCUACUCGGAUAACAGAAAUGAAAACGACUCAUACACCUGGCCGCACCAGUGGAACUACAUGGGGGAGAACUAUACGAUGUGCCCCGUCGACCCGCCGACGUACGAAAUGAAAUAUAUAAAAGUCGCUUUCAUUGUUUGCGGCUCAGUGGUGCUGUGGACGGCGUGCGUGGCGGCGUGGCAGCUGGUGCGCGGCUGCGCCGGCGCGGUGGCCCGGCGGCGGCAGCGCGAGUGCGUGCUGCGGCGCCUGCAUCAGCACCGCCACCGCCUCGACUACGCCUACACGCGGCGCCCGCUGUCCCCGCCGCUCGCGCCCGCGCCUGCGCGCGCCGCCCCCGCGCCCACGACUGCGCCCGCGCCCACGACUGCGCCCGCGCCCACGCCCGCCUAA